GCUGUUGAUCUUCUGAAGGAUGGAGGGACCCUGGUGUACGCGACGUGCACUGUGACUAUUUUCGAGAACGAGAGCAUUGUCGCCUGGGCGUUGAAGACAUUCCCCUGUCUAGAAUUGAUCUCAGCCAGGGAGAAGUAUGAGUCCUUCGAAUUGAGAGAGUUUCCAGUGUCACCAGGGUACACUAUUCGUGGCUUUAAUUCUGCCGAUGCUCAGAAAGUACUGCGUUUUGGGCCUGAGGGUGACUCUGCAGGUUUUUUCAUAGCGUUAUUCAGGAAGACAAAUGCAGAAAACGAUCCAUAAAACAUUCACCAUAUUCACUUACACAUUUUUGAGUAAUUCUUUGCGAUGAGUUGGUGCCCAGGCCAGUUAAAAUUCGAAAAUAUCCUCGUCACGUACAAAAAAAAUUCAGAUAAAAACCUACCGCAAUCGUUAGAAAAUUCGAUUGAAUUUCUACAGGAAAAAUUUCUCGGUUUUUCGCCGAUUCUGUUGAAGAAUUCCGUGGCUUUUUCAGUGCGUUUUUUCCAAUGGGAAUGUUCAGUGGAAAAUAUUUCGUACAAUAAAUCGGUAGAUUUCAAUUUAUCUGUACAAUGUAUUCUUUUAUGAUGUUUUCUAUAGACAUUUCUUGAUCUAAAUUUUUCAAGUUUUUCGAUUAAUUCGUCUAAUGAAGGGGAAAAAUAAAAUGAAGCUACUUAAAUUUAUGCCAAGGGAUUCCUGUAAAAACAAUCUUUUUUGUUCAUGGAUAUUUUUUAUUAAACAUUCUCUAUUGCAAGAGAACGUCCAUAUAAACUGCGAAAUUUUUCCAUGGAAUCAGCAAAAAAAAAUUAAUACAAUUGCCAAUAGAAGGUCCAUUCUAUUUUCUAGCGAAUGCGCUAUUUUUUUCUGUAGAAUUUUGAUUCCGAAUGCAAGGUUUUUUCGUGCAUGAUUGAGUACACCGGGAAAUUUUCAUACCAUUGAAAAAUAAGCUAAUCUUCCUAUCCCCAAUUUUUCGAAGGGAUAAGAAACAUCAUUUUCGGUGUGUUUUCUCAAAUUCUGGAACAAAUCGACGUUACGACUAGUCGGAAGAUAAAGCUGACGGAGACUACUAAUGGCUAUUUCACAGAGAUUCCAAUGACACUAUUCUCUAUCUCGUACUAAGAUUACGCAGAUUCUUUAAAUAUAUUGAGCAAGAAUGGAAUGUUUUAUCAUCAAAAAACUUUUGUAACUUUUCUAUAUUCAGUUGAAAAAUAAACAAAUUAAAUAUCUUA